UGUGAGCUCUCUCACCCACCAAAUCUCGCAGCAGGUGCCAGGUGCGGAGGAAUCCAUCCCCAAUUUGCGUUUCUCACUCCCACCACCGCUUCUUCCCGGAUCCCUUGUCCUCCUUGUUUUCCUCUGACCAAAAGCGGGAGCCGCUUCCCGCCACUUGAGCGCGCGGCGAGCUCACCUCGGUCUCAGGCAGUGGCGCCGUGCGGUGCGGGGGGCGCCCGUGCUGCUGGUUUUGCUCCAGGGGAGAAGGGGGCAGAGGGAGCGGAGCAGGUUGGGGACUUGGGGCGUCUGCGUUUUCUUUUGCGGGGCUGUGGGUCAAAAGCGCGGCGCUUUCCGCUCCACCUUCUCACGCCGGAAUCAAAUCGAUGCCCCUCUGAUUUGGUUCGUGGUAUCGGUGCAUGAGCUUGCUCCAAGAGAUCUCCCUUUUGGUUCGGCGUCAGGGGUUCUGUGAGGUCACGCGGUGUCUUCCUCUUGGUGCGGCUCACAUGUCCGGGCGCUUUGAUUUGUGCCUACUGCGCGAGUGAUUCUGCUGCUGUAGCAGCUGUUAGGUGCGCGCGCGUCGUGAUGGGGUGAACUGAAGCGUUCCUCACAGAGCUGGGUGGGUUUAUUUCGCCGCCUGUCUGCUUCCCCGCACCUUGUUCUUGUGCCCAUACUUCUUUGCUUUUGUCACGCCUGAACCGUGUCUUCUUGUAGUAUCUGAGGCUUGGCAGUUGGCAAGUACAUACUGACUAGCAACUUGCUUAGAUAUAAACCGUGUCUGGUGCAGAGCCCAAAGGGGUUGCAAAUAUUUGAUGCAUAGAUCUGCUUCCUGUUGAGGCGAGGUUCUAAGUCUGCUCUGUUGAUGGGGCUACCAUGAACCACGGGAACGGGAUGUUGAACUCUGUCAAGGUGGAGAGCCGGCCAUCAGUGGUUGCUACCAAUGGCCAGCCUAGGCCGAUGGAUGUGCUCCAUGACGGCGGCCCACCACCGUUCCUUACCAAGACGUACGACAUGGUUGAUGACCCAACCACGGACGCCGUUGUGUCAUGGAGCGCCACUAGCAAUAGCUUCAUAGUUUGGGAUCCUCAUAUCUUUGGGACGGUGCUGCUGCCAAGGUAUUUCAAGCACAACAACUUCUCCAGCUUCGUUCGGCAGCUCAAUACUUAUGGCUUCAGAAAGGUGGAUCCUGACAGAUGGGAAUUUGCUAAUGAAGAGUUUCUGAGAGGUCAGAGGCACCUUCUCAAAAACAUUAGGCGGCGGAAACCUCCACACUCAUCUCCAAAUCAGCAAUCUCUUGGCUCUUACCUUGAGGUAGGGCACUUUGGGUAUGAAGAAGAGAUUGAUCAGCUGAAGAGGGACAAACAGCUCUUGAUGACUGAAGUAGUGAAGCUAAGGCAGGAGCAGCAAAAUACAAAGUCAGACCUACAGGCCAUGGAAGAGAAAUUACAAGAUACUGAGCAGAAGCAACAGCAGAUGAUGGCAUUCAUGGCUCGAGUCAUGCAGAACCCUGAUUUUAUGCGUCAACUGAUCUCCCAGCGCGAGAUGAGGAAGGAGCUUGAGGAUGCCAUCUCAAAGAAAAGAAGGCGCCGCAUUGUUCAGGGACCUGAAGCUGAUAGCAUGGGCACUGGUUCUAGCCUGGAGCAAGGGUCUCAGGUAGUGUUUGAACCACUGGAGCCGGUGGAAUCACUUGCCAAUGGUGUGCCAUCUGAUCUGGGAAGUUCAUCUGUGGAGGCAAAGGGUUUCGAGGUCCAACAAGGUGUUUCUUCAUGUGGCUCUGAGCGUCUUAAUGGCAAGCCAACUGCAGAGUUAAAUGAUGAUUUCUGGGAGGACCUUCUGCAUGAGGGGGGACUCGGUGCAGGUAAUGCAGUUGGUCAGGAUGAUAUGAAGAUGUAGUCUCAGAAGGUAGCCUGCCUCAACUGAAAGAACAUGGAUCCAGACAUUAGCGGUACUUGUUUUAUCACAAUGGCUCCGAGUAUCUUUACCAUUAUAUGCUCGUGUAUCACAGUUUUGUACCCGAUUCGACCCUUCAGUCAAUGAGAUGCUAUAUCAACUGUGGUUGUUAAUACAGUCUUCAGCAUGCGGAUGGAAGUUGGAUUAAGAUGUUCCUAUGGUAUCUCUGGAUACCAUAGUUUGUUUUCUUUUGGCCUACUGCCCGACCCUGUUACCGUGGACAAUGUUUGUGCAAACAACAUGGUUAUGUUGCCUGCAGGCUAUCAGUGUAUCUGUUCUAACUAAUCGCAGCGCUGGUACAGUGCAGUGGCCUGCCAAGCUGCACUAUGAGAUUGUAGGGAAAGACCAGAUAGCUUGUAUAUAUGUAAAGUGAUCCUUCUAUGUCUGCUGAUCUAUAGUAACUUAUCAUGUGCACCUUUGGUCUGUACAUAACGUAUUUAUCGCCGUAUUUUUUCCACAUCA